AUGCGGCCAGUGGACAGCGCUCGGGCUACGGAGCUGCAGGAGCCCCGUCUGCAGCUGACAGAAGACACGCCCCCGGGUGCGAGCGAGGAGCCGACAGCCACCGAGAAAGUGGGAACACCGGACCCCCACUCCGGGUGGUGCUGGCUGUGCCGAUCCUCGUCGUGCUGCUCGCAUGCGCAGCCUGAAGCCAAGAAGAAAGCACCCUGUCCUGGACUUGGCUUGUUUUACACAUUAUUGUCUGCCUUCCUUUUCUCAGUGGGCUCUUUAUUUGUUAAAAAAGUGCAAGACAUCCAUGCUGUAGAAAUUAGUGCAUUCCGAUGUGUGUUCCAAAUGUUAGUCGUUAUCCCUUGCUUAAUAUACAGAAAAACUGGGUUCAUAGGCCCAAAAGAUCAACGGAUCUUCCUUGUUCUCAGAGGAGUCGUGGGUUCUAUCGCCAUUAUCCUUCUAUACUAUGCCUACCAGACAACGUCCCUCGCGGAUGCCACGGUUAUCUCUUUUAGCUGUCCAGUGUUUACGUCUAUAUUUGCUUGCAUACUUCUCAAGGAAAAAUACAGCCUUUGGGAUGUUCUCUUCACCUCGUUCACUAUCAUUGGAGUGAUCCUCAUUGUGAGGCCGCCGUUUUUGUUUGGUCCCAAUCCUGAGGUGAUGAGUAAGAGCUAUUCAGACCACCUGAAGGGCCCAUUUGCAGCAGCUGGACAUGCCAUGUUUGCUGCCUUGAGUAUAGUUAUCCUCAGAAAAAUGGGGAAAUCUGUGGACUACUUUUUGAGCAUUUGGUAUAAUAUUAUUUUUGGCCUAGUGGAGACCAUCGUUGUCCUCUUUAUAUUAGGAGACUGGAGUCUGCCAUACUGUGGGCUGGACAGGCUCUUUCUCAUACUAAUUGGGCUGUUUGGUUUGAGCGGUCAGGUGUUUCUCACCAAAGCUGUUCAAAUAGAAAAAGCAGGACUAGUAGCACUAAUGAGAACUAUGGAUGUGGUUUUUGCUUUUAUCUUUCGGAUUAUUUUCCUUAAUGAUGUACCAACGUGGUGGACGGUGGGUGGUGCACUCUGUGUAGUAGCCAGUAGAGCUGGGGCAGCCCUUCGUAAAUGGUACCAGAGUUCCAAAUGA